AUGGAAGAGCGAAAAGAUAAGACUUCGUGCAAGCUGGGAAUUGGAACUGAGGUAUUGGGUGCUGGGACGGUGCAAAGGUACCAGGUAGUUGAUGUACUGACCGGCCUUAUUUAUCUUCCUAGGGACAACCUUUCUCUGCCGUUAGCCGGGACUGAGGCAUGGCCUGAUUCAGCCACCCCAGCCCUGGCACCCUCACUUCUGAGCACCCUAGACCCAGCCCACUUGGGGCUCCCCGAGCAACUGGCUUCUGUCACUGUCCCCAUCCGCCUGGACACUCUGUCCUACCUCCUACAUAGUGCCCUCCUGGGGACCUACAACUUCCAACAGUCCUUACCCCCUUGCUCCUGCCCUGCCCAGCCGUGCCACAUGGCACCAGACACAGUCAGGAGACCUCCCAGGAGAUGGGACCAGGCCCGUGGGGGCUGUGAGAUUGAGCGCAGGCCUUCCCGGGGCAGGGGUAGGGGCCGGGGCCGGGGCCGGGGCCAGUCACGAUGGAGCCCUGGGAGAGCCAGAGAGCUGGAGAGGAGCAUGGGAAGAGGCCCUGGGGCUGGCCCCAAGACCCAACCAGCGACACCAGCAUCCCAGGAGGAGCAGAAGGAAGCUGGAGGACUGGAACCACCCCUGCCUGCAGCACCUUUGUCUGAAGACUGGGAGACAGACUACUAGGACCCAGAAGAGCACCCAGUACUUGGCUGCCCAGGGCUACCCAGAGCUUACAGUGUUCUUAAUCCUUCAGAGGUACCCUCAAGACAUACCAUCUCUACAACCUCCCGGGUCUCCAAACCACAGCCUCUGAAGGCCUCCUGCAGAUCACCUUGUAAAGCCUAAACCUGACUUAGCAACCCAAACCCAGCUACUAUCCCAGUUUAUUCUCAAUGCCCCAGGCUGCUCCAACCACAU